GACCGCUCUAAGCUGUGAGCGCUCAUCUCUCCUCUCCUUCACCAGCGCGUAUUUUACUGUUGACAUAGAAACUUUGAAGAGGUGAGAGGCAAAACGUCAAAACGCCAACAAAUCACCGUCGACAGGGCGCGUCAACAAAUAAAAAAAAAAGGGGGGGGGAAGAAAAGAACCAUCAAGUCCGAAAAAGAAAAGCGGUGGAGCCGGGAGAAAGACGGAGCUAUGCCAUCUCCCGCCGAGGAGAGCCCAGUCCUCCUCUGUUGUGUGUCGGAGCUGCAGCAUGGUGUCUCUCUCUGGACUCUGGACCUACUGCCUCGCCCCCGGGAGACCUCAUCUCCUCUUCCUUUCCGCCAGACCGCUCCUGCUGCUUCUUUUACUAGUCGCCUUCUCCUCCCCGGAGUCCUGCUUCCCGCACCCUCAGCCUUGCCACAUCCUCGCCCGGAUAGGACACACCGUGCGCCUCGGUGCGCUCUUGCCGACCCGCCAGCCGGCACGGAUACAAAACGCGCUCAACCGCGCCCUGGCUAGCCUCCGGCACCAGAGUGGAGGGGCAGACUCCUCCACGACAGCCUCCCAAACACCUCCUCUGCUGCCCUACAACCUGAGCCUGGAGAUGGUGGCGCGAUCGCCCGCGGGAGGGGACCCGGAGUCGUUGUCCCGUAGCGCCUGCCAGGACCUGGUGGUCAGGGGGGUGUCCGCUGUGCUUGCCUUUCCCCGCUCCAGGGAAGAGCUGAUCCAAGUGGAGUUUCUCUCCUCUUUCCUGGAGAUCCCCUUCAUCUCCAUCCUGGAGGACACAGAACCCCUUGUGACUAAGAACCGAUUCCACCUGCAGAUGUCAGCCCGUGUGCCUCCAUCAACCCUAGGCAGCCUGCUGCUGGCGGUCCUGCAGGGGAGAGAAGGGGACAGGGACAGAGGAAGCCGGGGGGAAAGCAGCUGGGGAGGAGCAGCUGUGAUCUGCCCCGGGUGGGAGGAAGGGGGUGAAGGGUUGCUGUCUCACCUGCAGAUGCACAGCGGUUCUAACUGGCAUUUGUGGGAUAUCAUCAACAUGACCCUCAUCUCCGGGGGCGCGGAUAGAAGGGGGGAGACCAGGGAGGAGAAGAAAGAGGAUCAGAGGGAAGAGGAGGCUUUGAAGAUCCUCUCCACCCGUUUCCUGCGCUCCCCCUCUCCUAUCUCCUCCGUUCUCCUCCUGGGAUCUGACCCCGAGUGCCUCUCCUCCAUCCUGCGGGCCGCUCAGCGCCUCGCUCCAUUACUACCAGCACUGCAGUGGAUCAUGGGAUAUCCCUUGUCUCCAGAUUCGCUCCACACUCUGGGAGGUCCCCUUGGACUGUUAGCCUACGGGGAGGUGGGCCGCAAGCCGAUCAGCUUCUACAUCCGGGAUGCUUUGCAGUUGAUCGGCCGCGCAGUCACUACGGCGACCAUGGUGAGCCCGGACCUGGCGCUGAUUCCAAACGUGGUUAAUUGUUACGACAAACCAAACAAACAAGAGCUGCCCUCCUCAGGACAAUAUCUGGCCAGGUUCCUCUCCAACACUUCCUUCACCGGGGCCACAGGCCUGAUCCAGGUGGAUGCUGGCCUCUCUCGGGUCCUCACCUCCCAGCUGUUCCACGUGUGGAGCCUGAAGAGGGGUGCUCUUGGCCAGCCGGCCUGGGUGACUGUAGGCCAGUGGACCCGAGGCAGGCUGGAGCUAGAAGGGGGGAUCCUGGGACUGGUGGGAGGGUUCGGGAGCAGCCAGGGACAAGGUCUUGGAGCCGGGGUGAGGGGAGGGGACGGCCAGGGGGACAGUAACGCUGGAGGACGCUGGAGGCCGGGAGAAUCCGUUGAGGGACACCGCCUACGGGUGGUAACACUUGUGGAACACCCGUUUGUCUUCACACGGGAGGUGGAUGAGGAUGGAUUGUGUCCAGCUGGUCAGCUCUGUCUGGAUCCCAGAACCAACCGGUCCGACUUAAUCCAGAGCCUCUUCAACCAGCUGCACAACCCAAACACUUCAGUUGCCGACUGGGAGGGGAACGAACUACCGGAGGACCUGAGGAAGUGCUGCUACGGGUACUGCAUCGACUUGUUAGAGAAACUGGCCGAGGACAUGGGUUUCACCUUUGACCUUUACAUUGUGGGAGACGGGAAGUACGGAGCGUUGAGCGGGGCAGGGCGCUGGACGGGGCUGGUCGGGGACCUGCGGAGCGGAACCGCUGACAUGGCUGUCACCUCUUUCUCCAUCAACUCUGCCAGGAGCAGGGUCAUCGAUUUCACCUCGCCCUUCUACUCCACCAGCCUGGGCAUUCUGGUUCGUAGCCGGGACACUGCAGCCCCCAUUGGAGCCUUCAUGUGGCCUCUCCACUGGUCCAUGUGGGUGGGUAUUUUUGUCACGCUGCAUCUCACCGCGCUCUUCCUCACCUUGUACGAGUGGAACAGCCCCUUCGGCAUGACACCCCAUGGCAGGAACAGGCUGCGUGUAUUCUCCUACUCCUCCGCCCUCAAUCUCUGCUACGCCAUACUGUUUGGACGUACUGUCGCCACCAAGACUCCUAAAUGCUGGACCGGGCGCUUCCUGAUGAACCUUUGGGCCAUCUUCUGCUUACUGGUGCUGUCUAGCUACACCGCCAACCUAGCUGCGGUCAUGGUCGGGGAGAAGACCUUCGAGGAGGUCUCAGGAAUUCAUGACGACAAGCUGCACCAUCCAUCCCUGGGCUUCCGUUUUGGGACUGUGAGGGAGAGCAGCGCUGAGGAUUACAUGAAGAAGAGCUUCCCGGAGAUGCACGAGUACAUGAGACGCUUCAACCAGCCCACCACCCCAGAGGGCGUACAUAUGUUGAAGACAGAUCCUCCUGCCCUGGAUGCGUUCAUCAUGGACAAAGCCCUGUUGGACUUUGAGGUCUCUAUCGACGCGGAGUGCAAACUGCUCACUGUGGGGAAGCCUUUCGCUAUUGAAGGCUACGGUAUAGGCCUGCCCCAGGGCUCUCCUCUAACCCGCAAUGUGUCCGAGUUCGUGAGUCGCUACAAGUCUGACGGCUUCAUGGACAUGCUACAUGACAAAUGGUAUAAGGUUGUGCCCUGUGGGAAGCGAGUCUUUGCAGUCACUGAGACUCUACAGAUGGGGAUCCAGCAUUUUUCCGGCCUGUUUGUGCUGCUGUGUAUGGGGGUGGGUGGAGCCUUGCUGACCUUGGCAGGUGAACACACCUUCUAUCACCUGGUCAUCCCUCGCCUCCGGCGCACGCACACACUGCAGUACUGGCUGCACACCAGCCAGAAAAUCCACCGAGCCCUCCACACCACGUAUGAGGAUGUUGGAAAGGAGCUGACAGACCUCGACCAAAACCCCUCCUCUUGUAUCUCAGAGAACUGCACCCUACACAGGAAACAGCAUCAGCCUCCUCCCCCAUCUCCUCCCACAUCCCUCCCUGCUUCCACGACAGCUGGAGACACCUGCAACUCCUCACCAUCCCAUGAGCCCAAGGAGAAACGCGUGCACUUUGACCUGGAAACCCUCCACAGCUACCGCCUGCGCACACACACCGCCUCAGUGCGCGGCAGGCCUGGUAUGGUCGGCCGUCCUGGGCUCGGGUUAGGAGGGUGGGGGCUGGGCAGUUUUACCUCCCCUCCACAGAUUAGCCUCCAUGCUAACGGGGGCCCCGUCUGUUCACUGGCUUCCACAGGCUUGGUGCUCUCUCCCCUGGGCAGCAGGGCCGCUCAGACCAGCCUAUGGGAGGGGGAGCUCCACGACCUGCAGGGGAAGAUCGAGACGUUCCGCACCCAGCUGAGAGAGGCUCUGGCCAGGAGAGCAGAGAUCCAGAGCAGCCUGGAGAGAGAGAGGAGCGGACUUGUACGCAGGGAUACCAGUCUGGAGAGGGAAAGGGACAGACAGAGGAUACAAACUAUUAACACAGACAGAAGUAGCUCCACUCAGCCCAAACUCCCUGAAAGAGACCGGACCAGCCAACUGCAAACCCUGAAUAAUCAACAAACAGGGAGGGCUAACCAAUCAGGCGGUCCUGGGACUCUGGAGCACGGGAGAAGCAGCCAAUUAAACACAGUGAACAGUUUGGACAGAGGGAGAGCCAACCAGUUACGCUCUGUUAAUACUUUGACAGGAGAAAGGACUGUCCAAUCACGCACUUCCACCAGCUUGGAGCGAAGUCGAGUCAACCAGCCAGGGGCUGGAAACAUAACUGUCCAAUCACGGAACACUUCUAGCUUGGACAGACAGAUGGCUAACCAAUCACGCACUCUGAACACUUUGGAGAGUACAAAAGCCAACCAAUCAAGUGUAAGCAGUGGGACUUGAUUGUCUUUCUGAAGCCCCUGGUGUGUAGGAUCACGGAUGGAGUAGUACAGUUGGUACUUGCAUAGCCGUGGGAAGAUGGCUGUGUUGGAAUGGGUUACGUUUAGGGGACGCUUGCUAAAAAAAAUGACAGUAUAUGUUAACUCACACCAUUACUUACUGCAACCUAAUAAUUUUCACAAUCAGAAUUAUUUCCACACUCGCUUAAAAUCACAACUAAAAAAACAUUAACUGCAAUUCAAGAUCUUGUAAAAUGUCUAUAUUAUCCAUGAAUGCAAUGCAAUGUAAUCUUUUGGAAUGAAAGCCAAUAUAAUUUCAGCCAAAUCUCAGUAUACUUUCAGAAGAACCAGAUCAGAAAAACUGUGAUUAGCCAUGGGAAUAUGGGUAAUCUGGCAAUGCUAAAACCACUGUGCUUAUUGAGAAGACCUGGGGUUCACAUGAGGAACCGUCAACCACAGCUGUCUGACAAACACAAGACUAUCAUCUGAAUGCAAAUAAGGCCUGUUACACAGAGGAUUACAAGCACAUAGAGACAUCAGCGACAAGAGCACAGAAAAAUCAGUCAGCCCAAUGUGAAAAAAAACGCAAACAGAACUAUUUGAAAAUGCAGACGCGACAUCCGUGUACCAGUAGCACGAGAUAAAGACGCAAAAAACACAAUAUAUUUUGAGUAAUUCAAGUAAUAAUUUUCCCAAAAAUGUGAAUGACAAAGUAAGAAAACUGUGAAAAAAGACUGGUACAGCCCUAAAUCAAUGUACCAAAAGAUCCCAUGAAAUCUUUAUAAAAGGCCUUUUGUGUGUUGAUACCUUGUAUCAUUGUGUGUAUUGUCCCGCCAUCAAAACUACAACACUAAUACAGCUUUGUCAAAAAACGCAUUUUUGAAUAUUUUUGUAGCUAAAUCCCACCCUCAUGAAAUGUGUCAAACUAAAAAGGUCUUUUUGUAAACGGAGCGCUUUCCAAACAGACACUUUGAGAUGGUAAUUGUCCCCUGUGAUUUGAUGGGUUCUGCAUAAAAAAGGAUAUUAAGGCAGGAAAAUGCACAUUAACGGAAAACGGUUUGUUUCAGUAAAAUGGAUUCAAGCCAUUUAGACCCAAAUACACACAUCCAGCCCAUUUUAUGGCUGCUACCACACCAUUUAAAUAGUUUUCCUUAUUGUUACCUUGUGUCAUGAUCAGCAUAACGCAAGGUUUUCACAUACAGUAUUUUUUAAAGGGCAACUCCAGUGUUACACGUAAUGAUAAAUAGUCAUGAAGGGUAUAACUCAUUCAAUACAAUAGUAUACAUAAUGUCUUCUGUGGCUCUGAAAUGAGCUUCAAGUCUAAGAAAAUAAUCCCUAAUGACAAAUAAACAUUUGGACACUACAUGACUUUCCAAGAACUUAAAUAUAAAGGUGGGUAAAUUAAUUUGAGUUAACCCUCCUCCACAUCAAGUGCAAUAAAAAGAUCAUAUAGGGAAAUGUAGGAUCUAGCAUUUCUACCACUUUUGGCCCAUAAAUAUCAGGACUCUUGUUUGUCCCCCAACUUUGUGGAAGUGGAAUACUAAAUCAAUGCAGUACCCCUUUACAUCCUCGCCCUUUCUCUGUAUAGGGUGAAUUGUUUUUUGGGCAGAAACACAGCUGACCCAUCCAAUUACAGUACUUCCAGACUACAUUACAUUUAAUGUGUCCAUCAGUAGCUGCAGCAACAUGGGUCAGAGUUGCAAGUGUUAUUUGAUGGUCAGUGUUCAAAACUAAUUUUCCAAAGUGCUGUACUUGAUUUCUUGGUGGCAUCAUUUCAAAGAUGGUGGCUCUUUAGGUCACCUUCAGACUGUUAAUACUGGUAAUAAUGUAACAAUCCAUUGUGCUUGUAUAAAGUCCUGCAAAACUACAGAACAAAAUUAAAAUCUCAAAGUCAUUUGACUGAAUGUUUUAAUUAUCAACCCAAAUCCCCAAGCAGCUCCAAACAGUUACAUAUCUGCUUAUAUACGUGUGGCUCUAGCCAGUUAACAAGUGCCAUCAAUUUGGAAUGAAUUUGUUCACCGUAUUCAUAACUGAAGGAACGUAUCAUAAUUCUGGCAACAAUUUUGUGCUCGGUGAUUGUAUUGUGCAUGAAUUCACUACAAUUCCCUAGCUCAUUGCAGAUCGGGAAUCGGCUCCGAUAAAUGCUUUUUUUUAAUCAUUAUUAAUCAUUCAAAUAGAUUUACUCUUUCACUCUGUUUCCACUCCGAUAAAGCAUAAUCGUUUUUUCCUUCUACUAAAACAAAGUGAAGUAAGUUUCAUGCCCCAUGUCAGUGAAGAAGAGAGGUUGAGAGGUAGCCUGGGAAAACCCUGACGAACUUCCGGUAAAUUUGAGAUUUGCUCUGCCACUCUCAGUUACAACUGAGAAGGGUCUGGUGUCAGCCAGGCUAGUUGAGAGGUCGACUGUUGGGACUCCCAUUCAGUUAUUCAGUCAACCAGCAGAGGGAGCUGCCUCCCUGCUUCCCACGGCUAUGGACAACGGAGAGUUUAUGGAUUGAUGUUUCAUUCCGACAAAACCACUAAAAUAAAUAUGGCACUUUGUGCGGUUGUUCUCAAGCAACAGCAGAGGACCUGGGGAAAUAAGGCCUUUUAUGAAAUCACUCCAGCAUUAUACAAUGCGAUGUCACCUAAUAGUAUUGUGAUACUCAAUCUUGCGCGAGAACACUUUAAAGAGAUGCUGGGAAUUUCACUGGCCCACAGGUCUGAGACCCAGACAGUGAUACUACUAAAACAGAACUUUAUAAUGGUACUGAUGUACAUUUAAACGUUUCAAACUUUGCUGUGGUGUGAAGUGGUUGUGUUGACAUGCCAUGGUGUCUAUGAGGAAGAAAUAUAUAUUUUAGGUCUUUGACGAGAAAGAGCUUGUGGUACUGGAUAUUUAAACAAAUACUUUUAAAUUUACCCCUUAUAAAGAAAUUGUAUUAGCCUAUUAUUGAAUUUUAUCAUGAUCAUUCUCAUGUUUUGAAAUAAACAUUUAUAUACUUA